AUGAAUCCUUCAUCACCCCCAAUCAGCUCCCCACAGAGCUCUCCCACCCAGAACCCCGCAUCAAGCACACUGAGCCAUCGCCCUAUACGCGAAAGCUCCAAUGUACCCAAGAACGCACCCAUACCAGACGAUGAGCACGGAGCAGAUCUACCCAUGAACAUGUCGGCAUCUGUCAUGCUGACAAAUUUACCCCGCGAUGCGACCCAGGCCCUUGCAGAUGUCGAAAUCACCGUUCGAUUUCAGCCUCUACCGUCAGCUCCAAUCUUGAAAAACCGAGUAUUCAAGGUUAGCGCGUCGCAAAAGUUUGAAACGGUUGUCAAGUUCCUGCGCAAAAAGUUGGAUUGCAAAGAGACAGACUCUGUCUUUUGUUAUGUCAACAGUGUUUUUGCGCCCGGCCUGGAUGAAGGCAUGGGUGGACUGUGGAGAUGCUUUAAAACCGACGAUCAAUUGAUUGUCGCCUAUUCAAUGACGCCAGCAUUUGGCUGA